AUGAAGGACCUCAAGAUUGGGAUUGAACUACUCGUACCUACCUAACAUCUGACUGACCUCACUUGGUACAGACGAGUACUUUCUACUCCAACAACAACAACAAUCACAGUCAAAUCAACAAGAGACUCACCACAGCAACCAGCAAGAAAGAUACUCCAACCACCGAUAUGGCGUCUAACAGUAACGCCGUGCCGGCGGGAAAAGUCGAUAUCUCACAGAACAACAUGGAUUCGCCGGAGCAUCAGACGCUUUAUGAGAGAGGGAUUGAGAUGCGACGGAAAGUCGUGGGGGAGGACUAUGUGGCGGCGAGUUUGGAGACGAAUUCGGGGGAUUUUACGAGGCCUUUGGUGCAGUUUGCUACGGUUUGUUUUUGGCUCUUUCUUUCUUCAGUUUUGUUCUGUAUCUUACCUCUCUCUACCUUUUAUCUUCCACAUUCUUUCACAUCCUUAUAUCAUAUCAUAUCAUAUUCAUGCUCGCUGCAUUUCUUCCUCGCUCGGGUUAAAAGGGAAUGUCACAAACAAGAUACUAAUCACGAAGUAGGAAUCCGCCUGGGGCACCAUCUGGACCCGUCCCGGCCUCGAGUUGAAGACGAGAAGUCUGCUGAACCUCGUUAUGUUGACUGCGCUGGGGAAGUGGAUUGAGCUGGGGACGCAUGUUCGGGGGGCGGUUAGGAACGGAGCGACGGAGGUGGAGAUUCGAGAGGCGCUUUUGCAGGCUAGGUUUGUUUUCCUUUCUAUUCCUUCUUCUUCUGCUUCGUGGUUCAUUUUUUGGUCAGAGUGGAUGGGGAGGGUACAUGGGAUGGGCUGGAUCGAGAGAAUGCUGAUUUUUGAUAGUGCUUAUUGUGGGCUUCCUGCUGGGAUGGAGGCUUUUCGUGUGGCGGAUAGGGUGUUGAGUGAGAUGGAGGGGAAGGGGGAGUUGGUUAGAGGGUAAUGUGGAGAGAUGGGGCUCUUACGGUUAGUGGUUUAUG